AUGGACGACGUAUCUCACACGACCUGCUACAUCUUCAAACCUACCAAUCAAGACACCCAAGAGAUCGAUCCGAGGCCGCAGAAGAGGCGGAAGUUGAGUAAAGUCCCCCCGAAGGAUGCUCAAGAAGAGUACUCGUGGCCGCGAGUGCUGGGUGGACAAGAAUCUCCGGAUGAUGCCGGCCUGCGAAGAAGCCAGUUCGAAACAGUAUGGGCCGAACAGCAGAAAAAGAUCCAGAGGAUCGUGGAUGUGGUUGAUGAAGGAUUUGUUGGUCCUGUCAUGAGAUUUGCGCAUUCCCAGAAUGCAGACAACCUUCGCACACACAAGAGACUCAAGACGGCGUUGCUUGCCUUGGGCCCAAACACGAAUCACCACCACGACCUUCAUGAGAGGUGGAAAAGCACGAUGCGAGGAGACACAUCCAGAGAACCGGAAGUACUGGUCACUCUGCAGCCAGCUCACUGCCCAAACAUUCAGACGGCAUUGAAAAACGUGGUUCGAUCCGCGAUUUCUGGUCACCAAGGAGCUGAGAAGUAUACCGAGUUCCUCAACGAGCACAAACUCCUGAUCCCGAUGAACUUCGACCUGGAAUUACUUCAGCGGUACGUCCUACGUUAUCACAUCGAGCGAGUGGUGAUAUCCAUCAUGGACGUCGAAGGUUUCGACACGUCCAUCUUUGCGGAACUGGUCUCGACCUUUCACUCGUGGUCGGACAGGAUUCCAAUCAUUCUUUUUGUUGGGAUAUCGACUACUGUGGAACUCUUCGAGUCUCGGUUAUCUAGACAGACGGUUUCAAUGCUCGACGCCGAAAUCUUUGCGACGAGUCCGGAUUUCAAUCUGGAGGAUCGCCUGUUUGACUUGUACGAGGCCAUUCAGCAUGAUCAGACCGCAGAAGUGUUUCUCGGUCCAUCAGUCGUCAACGAGCUGGCCACUUUGGCGGAAGACCAAGGCACCACCCCGGCGACAUUUGCUCGUGCCAUCAAGUAUGCUCACAUGUCUCAUUUCUUCGCGAAUCCCCUCUCGAGAUUGUCCACCGAGGCCACUACGAAAUCGCCAUGGAGCCCGGUACUGUGCCAGGCCAUUCGCAACCUCGCCAGCUUCAGGUCUCACUGCGAAGCGCUGGCAAAAGGCAACAAGACCGAGCGGGAGACCGUGCGCCGCCUGCUUGUGUCUGACGACGAACUUCAGAGGGUCGUUGUCGAAGCGAUCGAGUCGGGGAAACGAAUCAUGCGUUCAGGCCUGUCCGCCGUCUCCACUCUGAGGUACAUAUACCACUGCACGCUCAAAUUGGAGUCGUACAGUCGCUGGGAGAGCGAGACCCAUCUCCUGCAAUCCCUACCAGACCUGACACAAUCGGAGAUUUUCGAGGCCAUUGAAGACGACCUCCAAAAUCUUUCGUCUGAGGUGUCAGCCACACAACUGCUUAAAGGCUCCGUCCCAGAACUGCGGGAUCUACACGACUACCAGCGGUCUUGCGUAGAACCAGAGGCAGAGACGGGGACAGAUGCGAGCCCCUCGGAAGCCGAAAAGUUCAUCAGCCUCCUACGCCGAUACCUCGAGAGCCGCACAUCGUCCUCUUCCCCCGAACACCAUCUCAUCAGUCCCUUCCGCCACUUCAUGGCCGAGGCGUACACCAUGGCGCAAAAGUCCCCUCUCGCGCAGACCAUGCAUCCGCGUCCGCGGUACUGCCUCGAACGCGCCCUGACUCGACCGGCAGACUAUCUCGGAUGCUCAUGCUGUACGCCUCGGGGUUCAGGCGAAGCACACGCCGCCACUAGGGGUGACGUGCCAGACAAGGCCAACCUCCCGCCCACGAGCCUGUUGCUGAACAUGCUCAACGAAGCCGGCACGGUGGUCAACGUGCGGGACCUGUGGGACGCGUUCCGCGACACGCUCUCACACGGCACGGAAUCGGCUUCGCCAGACGCAGACAGAGAUGGACUUGACGAUGAUAAUGACGACAAUGACGAUGACGAAGUCGGUGGCGACGACAAGAGCAACGACGAGAGACGGACUCUAGCCCUGUUCUACCGCGCCCUAGCCGACCUGCGGUACCUGGGACUGAUCCGGCAAAGCAAGCGCAAGCCCGGGGUAGAAUGCAUUGCGAAGACGGCAUGGAUGGGACUUUGA